CUGCUGCUGCUGCUGUUGUUGUUGAGCAUCAGGCGGUGGCAUCCUCGGAAUAGGAAUCAUCGGCAUCGCUGCUGUGCCGUCGUGCUUCAACUGCUGCAUGUGCUGCUGCUGCAACAUCUGCUGCUGCGAAGGGAUGCGCCCCUGCGGAAACAGGAUAUCCCUCAGCCGGCGAUUAUAUGCCUUCACCGCCCCCAGCUGCUCCCACAGCUCCGGCAGCGACACAUCGUCCAAAAACCCGUUCUUCUGAUAGAGCAUGUUCACCGUCGCGUUGCACUCCGUAAAUAGCUCCUGCCACAUCUGCACCCGCCGCGUCGAGCUGUCCGGCCAGUCCCCAGAGUGCCGGACGUGGUCCCGCAUGAGCUCGGCAAUGCUCGACGGUUUAAUCCUCAGCAACCUAAAUAUCUCCGGCAGCGAGUUCAUAUUCACCGCGUCCUGCUCAAGCAUCGCAAACUCGCUCGGCAUAAACCGCGACAGCUCCAUGAACGGCUCGGUCGUAUAUAGCUGUCCGACCCGCAACUGCAGCCACUCGCGUCGUCCGGCGUCGUCGCGCUUGAGCAGGCAUUCGAGCGGCGACGCCGGCACAUGCCCGUUAUGUCGCCAGCGGUACCUGAUCUCGAUCUGGUUCGCGUCCGUGUACUGUCUCGCGACGAUCUUGGCCUGGCAGCCAACCUUGAUUGUCUCUUUUCCUUUCCGUCGCUUCUCGGGCGGGAUCUUUGGGUUGUGCUGCGAGUUGUACGUCUUUGCGUGAUUGCACAGGUAGACGUAUUUGAAGUCCAGCGCACCUGCUUGUAUCCGUUUGUUCUCCUUGCGAUAAUCCGCCCGCUUAUGCGUAUUCCACUUCAUGUACAUCUUCUGCUCUUUAAGCCACAUAUAAAACGCCUCCUCCGUCGGCCGAAACAGCACCACGUCUUCUUCGCCGCCGGUCGUGGUCUCGUCGUAGAUCGGGAGCAGUUGCGCGCCGAUGCGCUCGAGCGUGUUCCGGAGAUCAUCGAGCGUGGUGUUGGUCGGCGGGAGCUGGUUCGUGGGGAGCAUCCGCGGGGGGAGCUGCUGCUGCUGCUGCUGCUGUU